AAGCUGACUGACAAUAUCUGCUACUUGCACACAUAUACUACAUAGCCAUUUCCGUCAAUUCGCUCCAAAAACCUCUUCCAAUUGGCACCGAUUCAUCGGAAACCGCACCACGAACUCCCUCCCCCUCACCUUCUCGAAAGAAACAUCACCCAUCGCACCAUGGCCCCCAAGUACGAAGCGGUCCGCACCGACGGCGCGCCGCUGCCGCUGCCGCAGUUCUCGCAGGCCGUCAAGUACAACGGCAUGGUGUACUGCUCCGGCAAUAUCGGCGCAGUUCCGGGCAAGGCCUUUGAACUGGUGGAGGGCACCGUCAAGGACCGAGCGAGACAAGCCAUCCGCAACAUCUCGGCGGUGCUGGACGCCGCGGGCAGCCGCCUCGAAAACAUUGUCAAGCUGAACAUCUACAUUACGAGCAUGAAGGACUUUACUCUUGUCAAUGAGGCGUACGAUGAGUUCUUUACCUGGGACCCCAAGCCGGCGAGGACGUGUGUGGCUGUCCACGAGCUUCCCCUGGGGACCGACGUUGAAAUUGAGUGCACGGCGCACCUUGACCAGACGGCUCGCUUGUAAAUUGACAAGGAUGUUCACGAGAUGAAUGAAUAGCGUGGCUGGGCCCUGCACUGGUGUGCCUACAUGGAGCUUGUCACAAUUCGAAGGUUGGGUUGCCCGUCUCAUCGCACGAUGAUAUGGUCUCUAAACCUCCUGAUCGAACAAGCUCUAGUUGCCUUGGAAAUUUAGCCAGGAACUGGUUGGGGAACACGCUUGCCCAUACGCGGUGCCUCGGCCUGCUGGGAAGGCGAUGACUGCCAAGGACCGUUGAUUCGGCCGACCUAAACAGUCGCUCCAAGCCGGCUCGAAAUAUGCAUAUUUAUAGCUUUAAAAUGUGGACUUUAUUG